CGGAGAUUUGUAUUGACGAAUUACGAAGCAGUAAAUAUAAGGAAGGAACUUUUUAUGCCCAAUCAGAUCGUGUUUCUUAUCCUGAAGUCCCGCCCGUCGGUGACUCUCAAAACAGCUUCGUUGGGGUAGAUUUUCUGGUUUUUACAAUGCUUGGGUAAAUAUUUAGCAAGUGUUACUUCCUAACAAGUGUACAUUCAUGGGAAUUAGUGAACAGGAACAAAAUCCGUCUCAUCAGCAGACUCUUUUUUUUUUGCCCUGUGGAAUUUUGCUAUUCUUACAGCAGUAUCAUUAGCAAUGCUAAACAGCAGUAGCGUAAAAAAGGUGCAGCAGGUGACAACAACUCCUCCUCGCUCCUUGCUCGUUUAAAGACACAGGUAACUUGGUUAAGCUCUCGUGGCCGUGAAGGUGAAACCUGUCUCGAGCGUUUCCAGACCGGAACAAUGAAUGUCUUCCGACACCUGAUAAACUUUGGGGUGAACCCUGCAGCGCUGGCUUAUGCCAUGACCACUCUGGGGUCUAGCAUGAUAAACAAUAUUUUCAGCUUCUACUAUGUGAAACUCUUCCUGAAUAGGUACAAGAUAUCCGAAGGAGCGUUUCACCAAUCACAAGUGGUGUACAUGGUGUGGAAUGCAGUUAAUGACCCUCUCUUUGGUUACCUGCAAGAUAACUCCAGGGUACCCUGCUGCUCUCAGCGACGUCUCUCCAUCCUGUACGGCGCUCCCCUCUACUCGCUAGCUUUUCUUUUAGCCUGGUUCCCGUGGCGUUCCUACGCCCCUGGCGACUGGUUGAGUGGUUUACACUUGACAGUAGCGCUGUGUGCUUUCGAUGGCAUGCUAACUUUUGUGCUGCUGGCACAAUGUGCCUUGUUUGCAGAAAUUUCCAGCCAUCAUCAGAACAGACUUAGACUCAUAAAGUACAACCAGGUGGCUUCUCUCAUUGGCUCAUCCAGUGUCCUCUUCUGUGGUGUGGUUUCCAACAACAUGGAAGACUUAUUGGCCUUUCAGGCAUUCACUGUGCUGAUUGCUAUCCUGAGCUGUGGCUGCAUGCUCUACACAGGCCUCCACAGCGAGAGCCGCUUUGACAAUAAAGCAUCUCAAUCAGAUGCUCUCACGUCUGUUGAUCAGACUUCGCAUCCAUCGGCAUGCUCCUUCUCCACGUUGAAAACGUUGACAUGGCAAAUCCUGACCAACAGGGACUUUCAGCUAUUUGUACUAAUGAACUUCUUCCAGGUGUUCAUGCUGGCCUUCUUUAAUAAUUUUACCAUGAUAUUUACUGAGCACCUGAUUCCUCCAGAUGUGCUUCCAUCAUUGGCAAAGAGCAUAAUGUAUGGAGCAGGAUUCAUCUGUCCACAGCUUUUAGUACUGAGCUCUCAGAGUCUGCUGCAUAGGCUUGGCUACUACAGGAUCAUCCUCUUCAUCUUCUAUGUGGAGGCUGGAAUGGCAGCUGUCAUGCUAGCAAUUGGUCCUCAGCACUACUAUUUCAUGGCAUUUUUCCUCACCAUUAACAUGGUUAUAAUUCAGGCCUCCUUCAGUCUUUUUGGGUUGCCUUUGGCUGACAUUAUUGACACUGACCUGCAGAAAUACAAGCGCAGUUCCCCUCUCUCUUCCAUGGUGUUUGGAACAAAUGCACUGUUCACAAAGCCAGCUCAGUCUCUUGCUCCUAUGAUAGUGUUAAAUAUCCUGAACCAGUUUGGGUAUGAACAGCUGAAGGAUGUCACAAAGGAUUCAGAUCCAAGUGCCUUGGAGAGCCUCCACAGAGCCAUGUUCUACUUGGUUUGCUUGGUGCCCAUGUGUGUCGCUGCUCUGCAAGUCCUGGCUUGGAGGCCGUUUUCCAUUCGCAACAGUCACACAGUUGACUCAAAAAAGUCCUGAAAAUAAAAUCCUUGGAAAAAGUUGUUAUGAGCAACAAGGAAGCUGUGGAAGCGCG